CCAGGAAGUGACAGCUAUAGAGUCGAGACAAAACAGAAACAACUGAGGACAUCUCGAGUAGCGCAACGUCGACGAGUUGAUAUUUUUUGUAUUGUACACGCUGUUAAGAUUCCCAGCUGGUCUUCUGUGCUUUUCACGAUGUCUUCUUUUACAACCAUGAGACACCCUCUUACCGCUUCGGCUGCUUUUGCUGCUGUCUUGCUAUGCGUUAGCUUUGUUAGCCAGGGAGAAUGCCAAGCAACUACUCCACCUCCUUCAGCUUCCUGCUCUACCUACAAAACCUGUGACACUUGCGUUCCAAAUGCCAAGUGUCUGUGGUGCUUCACUACCAACAACUGCACAGAGUACCCAGUGAGCUGGUUGCUGCCUCCAGCCUCAGUGUGCCAGCUGUCCCAGGCCCGCUGGGGCGUGUGUUGGCUGAACUUUGAAGCCCUGAUCAUUACCUUGGCUGUGGUGGGUGGAGCCAUCCUUAUCAGCAUUAUUGCCUGCUGCUGCUGCUGUUGCUGCAAGAAGCGUCGAUCAGGGCAUGACAGAGAUGAGGAGAGAUUUGCCAGGAGGAGAGAGGAGAUCAAACAGCGCUCUGAAGAACGGAAAGUGGAGAGAAAGGCACGGCAUGAUGAGAUUCGCAGGAAGUAUGGUCUGAUGGGUGACUCGGACCACCCAUACAGCAAGUUUGAAAAUGAAUAAAGCAGCUGUGCUUGGAGGCCUUCCAUAGGCAACUUGCCCUUAUAUCUUCACUGUAGGCUUGGAGUGAUGCCCUUUUGUCAAACAAACAACAAACUGAGUGCAGCUGCACACAGUAUUCCUGUUCAGACAAAAUCUCUUCAUAUUGCACUUGUUAAACAGUAACAAAUGUGACUGAACAAUAUCUGAAUUAGUUAAACUUCUGAUUCUCAAUGAGAAUGCGGUGAUGUGUGCUGGACAGAUGUUGAAGCUGGUUUUUAAGCUUUCUGCAAAUUCCCUGUGCUCUGAAAUGUCAUUUCACAUCAUCACUUUUAAAAUAUUGUACUUUAUCAGUCUUUGCACUUUGUAGAUGAAGUAUUGAUUCAUGAAUUACACGAUAAUGAUUGUAAUCAGAUGUUUCCACACAUGAAUAAAGCUCUUCUCUUUUAACAA